GUUGCGCGUUGCGAGGGGAAUCGGUACGCGUAACAAUUUCCUACGAUACUUUCAGAGUUCCACCGGCUGGCUACUUGCGGCCGACUCGUUGCCACGCGUGCAUCGAUCUUACCGAAUGUUGAAUGCCGAUAUCAACAACGCCUUAUCUGUCUCUUAUUUGUCACGCAUUUCGUAUCCAUAGGCUGCGAGAUAGCCGGGAAUCUUUGAUUGUUCGUCGUCGAUCGUAGUUAUCGUUGUUGUUCGCGUGACAAUCGUUCUUAGAAUAACAAUCUCAUCGAACCUAUCCAGAAGUGUUGUUUUCAGUUAUUAUAUCAGAAUCAGAAUUGUGGAAACUGAGUCAUUCAAAUCGAACUAUAUAGUGCAUCCGCCACGAUAUUCCUACAAUUAUUCGCUACACGUGCUUCGAUUCUACAAGAUUCCUACGUUAUUGGCGACGUACGAGGAAAGUUAUCGUACGUGCAAGUUGUUCGAUAAGUAUAGAGGAAAGACGGCGGCCAUUAUCGUGGAUUAAAAACGUAGGCGGCCAGUUUGAACUUUAAUUGCUCAGCUUGUUAAUAAUCGCUGCAAAAACUGGUGACGAUAUCGUUUGGAGCAUGAAGUCCCACGAGGUUUGGGAGCGAAGCUUCGCCUUCAUCGAAAAGAAAUUGCUGCCGGAAAUGGUGCACGAUCGUUGCUUCUGCGAGCCGAAUUCCAGGGAAUUCGUCGAGUUCGACUCGGCAACGAUUCGUCUCGACGAGCUGAGUCGAAGCAGCGAGAUUUAUCGCGUGACGAUCGUGGUCAGGUUCUCCGGCGAGCCACGCAGCUUCCCGCUGUUACUGAAACUGCUUCCCGAGGAAGAGGCAGAGCACAAGAGUCCGACAGCGUUCAACGCUUACCAAAACGAAGAAAUGUUCUACUCGAAGAUGACGCUCAAGUAUGGAACCGAUUUGGUUCCAAAGUGUUACCUGUCGGAUUUAGGUCGUUACGGAAGACCGGUGAUCGUUCUCGAGGAUUUGGAGGAAGCUGGUUACACGCAGGUGGACGGUGAAUUGGACGAGGAACACUUGAAAUUGUGCGUGCAAGUUCUGGCCAAGUUUCACGCCAGAGGGUUGAGAUUGAGAGCGACAGAACCGCAGGUCUUCAGGGAAUUCGAGGCGAAAUUGCUUGAAAUUUCUCUCACCGAAGAGACUAUGUUGCAUUACGAGAAGAGAUCGACUAGAAUGCUGGAUAUUCUCGAGACGAUGCCGAACUCUGGGUUCGUAGAGAGGAUAAAACAUAGAUUAAACAAGAGACCAAUGGAAAUAGUGAAAGCCAUCGCGACAGGGGUGAACGACGUCUCUACAAUAUGCCACGGCCAUUUUUCACACGAUAAUCUACUGUUCAAAUACCAGAACGGGAAACCGAUCGACGCGAAGAUGAUCGACUGGCAAACAAUGAGAUAUUGUUCGCCGGCUGUCGAUCUCGGGCCCAUUCUACUGUAUAACGUGACACAUGAAAAUGGGCCGUCGGAAGUGCAGAAAAUUUUGACGCUGUACAUCGACACCGUCAGAUCUGAAUAUCCAGAGGUAGACAGUGAACGUUUGAGAGAAGAUGUCGUCGACAAGUUCCUCUUUGCUUGCGUCGUACUGUCAAUUUUAGACCACAUUACCGACGACGAACUUACUCGAGUUUUGUUGUUGCUAGAACAGUUGGACAAUUUCGAUUAAACGCAGAAAUAAUUUCGCUAAUCCACCAGCCACAGGUUUUGUAAAAAUCACGUUUCUCUUACGUAUUAUUAGGCUGUUGAUAUUUAUAGAAAUCAAAAUGUUUCAGCAACAAUAAGGUAACAUCGGUAGAGGAUGAAACUAUAGCACGCUUGGAAAACUACUUGAUUUUUGCUUGCUCAUUGUUGGUUUAAUCAGGUUACUGAAAAGUGCAGCUGCCUUCUUAUUACGUUAUUCGAGCAUUGGGAACCAACGUUUCCCAUCGAAACGAGUGCCUUUCACUGAUUAAUCAUUAAGACAUCGGAACACGUCGUUUUAGCCUAUUUUGUUGUGUACAUAAAUAUGUUAUCAAGUGUUCUAACUAGGCUAUAUGCAAUAUUGCGUAAAAGUCUUACAUCAUCUAGGUUACUGGUUUUAUGGUGGCAACUAAAUAUACUUGUAGGAAAAUUUCCACGCGAUUUUAUAUAAAAUCAAACCUUUAGAUAUCUUCUUCGUGGUGCUGUUCGUUUGUGAUUUCUUCCGAUUCGAAAAUUUCUUUCUUCUUGAUUAUCUGUAUGGAUCGUUUAAAAUGUGCUAGAAGAGGAAGCAAUUUAGAUACGUGAUCAGUUUUGUAACGAUAUUAAAUAGAAUUGACGGAAUUAUAGCAGGUAAAUAAGUGCGUUUAAAAAUGAUUCGAGAUAACAAACGAAGAUCCGAUAAAAUACCAAUUAUCUGAAAUUGAUUGAUACUUUCUGUGACGACUGCUAUUUAUUGGAUAUAAUGUUUCCUAUAUGGCCGAAGACAGUUAUACGAACGAAUAGAUCGAAUUUAGUAGAAGAAAUCGCUUGUGGCUGGAGGUUUAAUGUCUUUCUAUCUUUAGCGCGCCAUAUUUUUUGCCUCCUUUUAAUAGAUCUUCUUUUUUGAUAAAAGACGUUUUGUAACAAACGAAUAUUUUAGUUACAAAUGCGGCUAAUAGAACUAAUUGUUCUUUUCAGUCCAAUAUAUCGAUGAAUUUAAGAUUGUACGACUUGUUACCGAUAAUUUUCAAGAAAUGAGAUUGCAUACUUGCAAUUUUAGACUCAGAGAUAAUGACGAUAUUUCUAAUAUAUUAUCAGUAUGAAUUACGCAGAAAAUAAUAUCUUUAAGACUCCUGAGUCAUUGGUCCGGGUAAUAAUAAUUCGUAGAUGGCGACUGUUCUGAAUUUGUAAAAUCAUUAACUUCCGCCUUUGAUCUCAUAAUUUAUCAUAGUUUAAUAUGCAUAAUCGCAGUAAAAUUCAAUUCACGGUGUAAGACUUUACGGAUUUAUCAUUUACAUAUCGACUUUAUCGUUCCUCUGAUUGAGUCGCUUCUUUUGUUGUUUUCUUUUUCUUGUUCUUUUUUUUUUUUGUAUUUUAUAAAGAUAAUAAAUCAGCCAUUGAUUUGAAAAGUAAA